AUGUCGUCCACAUGCCGACUAUGUGGAGUUCGAGGCCACUGGAAGGCCGAAUGCCCACUCAAAAGUCAGGGAAGUGCCAACUCGACUGAAGCUAAAUCGACUGCACCGACGUCCACUGUGAUCACAACCAACAGUGGCAGUAGUCUUCCUCUCGAGACUGAGGGACGCCAAACGAUGCCAACUGACUUCCAGCUGAGAGAAACCGUGAAAUCCAGGUCUGUAGAUGAUUUGCCCGUCGUUUCAAGAACUGAUAGGGUCACGCCCAAGGCAGCAGUUUUAGACGAGGCUGGUUCCAUUCGAAUGACUAACGCUGCAGAUCAAACAGUUUUACCCACCAAUCCAAUUUGUUUUGCAACUCAUGAUGCCUGUGGAGUGCUUGACCUUGGUGCGUCAAAGACCGUAAUUGGGUCAGAACACGUGAAGUGCCUAAUUCAAAGUCUGGAUGAGGAGACUCGUGCCCGGUUGUCACGAUGUCCGUGUCAGGUGACUUUUAAGUUUGGUAACCAAGGUACACUGACCAGCAGCCAAGCCAUUGUUGUUCCCAUAGGCCAUCUGAAGCUGAAGAUAGCAAUCGUGCAAGGAGGGACGCCCUUCCUCAUCAGCAACACGUUCAUGCGAGCCAUUAGGGCCACCAUCGAUUGCUCCAAGUACAGCCUUUCCAGUCCGGUGCUGAAUCAUGAAAUUCCAUUGGAACUCGCCGAACGAGGUCUUUUUCUAGUCAAUUUAAAUGAUCUUGUCAAAGCAGCCAUGAAACAGCACACAUCCGCAGAGCUCGACACGAAGCUGGUCGAGUCAACUUUCCUUGCAACUCGCACUGACAGCCGUGGCCCUGAAGAAACAUCAGCCGACGCCCAGUCCGAGGAAGUGCAAGUUCAGAAAUUCAACAUGUCAGAAAUGUUCCACCGUAGUGAAAACCAAGAAACAUGUCAUGAGGCAAAGGUUCACAGGUCCGUUGGUUUUGUGUCAGAGGAAAACCACGUCAAUCAGGUGUUCAACCAUCAGCCUGCGGUUCAAGUGCCCGACAUCAUAGCCAACCACCCGAAAGAGACCAGCCAUACCGAAGUGGAAGUCCCACUCCCAGAUCUGUCUCAUUUGACUCUGGCAGAUCUGAAGUCCGAGGUUGUGACCUUCGGGUCCAAGCACCAGGGCGAAACGUACGAGAAGGCCUGGGAAGACCAAGGGUGGAUCAGUUUCAUGACAGCCAAGUACGGGAACAGCAAGACACUCGGACAUCGACGCCUGAUCCGAUUUGUGGAGUUGAUGGUGGAGCAUCACGAGCAGAUGAAUACCCAGGUGCCAGUGUUUCCACCACCAGAGUCACUGGCAGGAAGUUACACCGUGAUCAGCGAGACUUCUGGACACAGAUCCAUCCAAGCAAAGGCCAAAGCAAGGCAGAUGGCUCCAUCUGGGGCAUCCAUGGAUCUUCCACUGGACAUCGACGAGGAGCAAGCCUUCGAGAUGUACAACCAGGGGAUUACGGGGGCCACUCCGUAUGUUCAGGAUCCGAAUGUCAUAGCUCUCCAGGAGCGCAUGCUUCACAUGGAGAAUGCUCUUGGCCGAGUGAUCAAGCACCUGGAGGACCAGGCCGAGAAGAAUGCCCAGAAGGACUAG